AUGAGCGUGGUGCCGCGGGAGAGCGUGCAGGUGGCGGCGCACAGCAUCGGCAUCGCGAGUCUCGGCGAUGACGUGGCUGCCGCGCUGGCGCCUGACGUGGAGUACCGCAUGCGCGAGAUCAUCCAGGCACGGGCCGAAUGCGGAAGGAUGGGCCGUGGGUGGGCGGGGCAUGGGUGGGGGAGGAGGGAGUACGACGGCGCGGGUGCGGGGCGAGCCGGCGCACCACUCUCACCACCGCUGACAUCGCGGCCCGCCCUCAGCCUCAGGAACGUCGAGCCGUUGUUCGGGCUGGCAGCGGCGGACAGCGUGCGGUUCCGGCGGGCAGUGGGGCACAGCGACGUCGUCUUCCUGCACGACCCCACGCUGCCGCUCUCCCAGGUGGUGGAGGCGCGCGUGCCGUGCGCGCCGGCGGACGUGAGUGUGGCGCCGCACUGGCUGGCCGUGGACGGCACGCAGCCCGCCACGCCUGAGAACGCCCCGCCCGCAGUGCGGGUUGCGGUGGGGGACGACUAUGAUGACGCAGCACGUGGUGGUGUGGGAGGGGUGGGGGCCGUCCGUCCGUUUGACUCGCCAGCAUCUCACCCUGCAGCUGCAGUGUGGGGAGCACUCCGCUGCAUGCUGGUCAUUGCCACCCACACUCACAUUCUCCCUCCCCCCUCCCGCCCUUUGCCCCCAGGCAUACCAGCAGCAGCAGCGGUGAAGGCGGAGGCGGGGCGGGCAGCAGAGGGUGGCACACAGCGAGCAGCAGGAGGGGCAGGUGGGGGGGCAGGCGGGGGGGAAGGUGGUGGAGGUGAAGCUGCCCGUGAAGCACGUGCUCUCCAAGGAGCUGCAGGUAAGCACGUGCUCUCCAAGGAGCUGCACGGUGCUCCCCCUCGCCCACCAUGCCUCCUCCUGGCCUCUCACAUGCACCCCCUCUCCUCCCUUGCACGUCAACUCCUUCCACCGCCCUGUUUCCCGCUGCCUCCCUCUACUUUCUCCUCUGCGACCCCGUUCUCUCUUUUCCCCUCCUUGUGUCGCUCAGCCCUGCAACCUCUCUACUUCGAGCGGGUCACGGAGCUCGUGCUGCUCACUGCUCGCCCCCCUGCCCCCGCCGCCUCCUCUGUGCCCACCCCAGGCGGGCAGCAGCACAGUGUGCUGUGUCACGCGCUGCGCAGUGUGGCGGUGGAUGCGGGGCUGCAUGCUCUGCUGCCCUACUUUGUGCACUUCAUUGCUGACGAGGCCAGUCCCCCCUGUGCUGCUCUGCAUGCCCUCUUCUCCUCGCCUUCAUUGCAUCCGCUCCAUUGCACAACCAGCACACGUGCUGGACUGCUAUCUCAACUGCCAGGCCAAAUUUCUCCUGAAACCAAACCCUCACUGCUCUGCUCUGUACUCCCGCGCACUACGUCCCGCUGUCUUCAUCACUCCGUGUUGUCAUCUCGUCUCCUCAUCUUUUCCCUCAUCCCGCCUGCUGCCGCACCUCUCUCAGGUGAUGCGCUCACUGGACGACUGCUUGCUGCUGGGCAGCCUCAUGCGCCUCGCCAGGGCGCUGCUGCUCAACCCGCACCUCCACAUGGAGCCAUACCUGCACCAGCUGAUGCCUGCCAUGGUGACAUGUGUGGUGGCGAAGCGCCUGGGCGAGCGGCAGCACCACACCCCACUGGCACCUCCGGGCCUUCACUGCCGCCCUGCUCGCGCUCAUCUGCCACAGGUCAGAGCCCCACGAGUGUGCGGUGUCUAGAACGUGCUGAAGCACGCACGUUCGGCCGAGCCUACGCGUCGUUGCAGCCUCGGUUGACGCGCACCUUGCUGCACACGCUGCUGGACCCAAAGCGCUCGCUGCCUCAACACUUCGGCGCCAUCCGCGCUCUCACUGCGCUGGGGCCCACCGUGCCCUCCUUCCACACUCCCCUCUCCCCCCAUCACGCCUUGUCAUCUUGCUCUUGA